ACAUAUUCUUUAAUCACGUGAUCAAACACCAGCAUCAACCAGCGGGAAAAAAGUUCCAACUCCGCAGAGCCAUCACUCCACCCCCCAACAACACGCACAGCAAUGGCCCCGGUCACAAUCCCACAGUUCCUCCUACCGCGGGGAAUUCCCUCGACGCGGGCCUUCCAGUCCCUCUCGCGCGCAAACGCAACCCACCACCGCAUCAGGACCACGACCCGCCGGUGCGCAUCAGACAACAGCAAGCCGCGAGUCCUAGAACAGCCCGACAAGUUCCGGCCGCCAUCGCACCCGGCGCGCAGGGUUGUGCAGACGCGCAAUGGAAGAGUCCUUGGCCGCGAGCCGAUCAACUACGGCCCCAAGCUCACGGAGAAAGAGCGGGAGGAGCAGAAGCGCAAGCAGUAUCCGAAUAUGUUCCCACCGGAGGGCACAGUUAUGUAUAAGUUUUUGACAAAUCGGUGGAUUCAUAUCUGGAUUGCUAUGAGCGUACUCACGACUUUGGCUACGUUUACCUUCACUACGAACUUUAAGCGGUCGUCGCCAUUUGCGCAUUUGCUUCCGUCUUGGUCGGAUCUGCUUUGGCACCCCAUUGAUACCGUUUCUCAGGCGUUGGCUGUUUUCCGCAUGCAUGUGCAGCAUACCUCCGUGCAGACGAGGGAGAAGCGACACCAGCGGAUUGAGGAUGCGGAGAAGAGACGACAGUACCGUAUUGCUCACGGGUUGGAGGAACCGACUGAGGAGCAGGGCAAGACGGAGACCGAGGUGGUUGAUGAUCAGUCUCCGAUAGCUGCCGAUGCGGAGGCGAAGCAAGUGGAUGGAGAAUAUGUUGAUUAGGAGGGAAAGAAGAGGCCUGUCAAGAAAUGGUUGGGCAUCUGGUAGGGUGGCUCUUACUGUGCUGAUAUUGGGGUCUGGAUGGGUGGCUGGAUGAUUGAGCGACUAGAGUUUAUAACAAUGCUGGAGAGCUUACUAUGUAGAUUAGCUUUGCAUAUCUUUGGAUUUUGUCUUAGCAUUGUAUUAUUCAUUAUGUACAUGUCUCUUGUC